CUGACCGCUGACUGUCAACAAAAUAAAAGCGAGGGUUUUUUUUUUAAACUUCCGCGUCCGACCGGUUCCACGGCCACGACCAGGCGGGCGACGCGGCAACGCGUUGCGAGAGGACGGAGAAGAGUCGUCGUCGGCGGCCGCGAGGGUGUAAUGGUGACCCGGACUCGUUCACGUGGCGCAGGGGGGCUCCUUUUCCCCGGUCCCCCCCCCCAACCCCCCUCCUUGUUGACGAGUGAGCUCCGAGUUUAGCCGACCUGCUAGCCGCCAACUUGGGAGAGAAAGUGGAGGAGAGGCUGCUGAAACGCCGGCCUAUGCGACGGAGAUCAGGUGAGGGAUGGAGAUGAGAGAGUUGACCGUGGUUGCCGGAAGCUUUGUCAGUUUCCAGCUACUGUUCUCUGUGGCCAGUCCUUUACUCUCUUCCGCCAUCGCGCCGAGUUAUGGAUUGUUACCUCCCACCAAGCACACAGAGUGGAACUCCAGGUUGGUGUCGACUGUCCACGCUCUGGUUGUGGGAUUAUUUUGUUUGUACAUCCUUUGGUUCGAUGACGCAGUCAAUGCGAACCCCGUCUGGGGCGACCCCACUAUGGUCAAAUUAAAUGUAGCCAUAACGUGUGGCUACCUGCUGUAUGACACGCGGCGUGCUCCCCUACUUUGCCAAUUUUCGUCUCAUUUCAGAACUAUCCACGCCAUUUGUGAACCAAAGGUGGUUCUUCGAAACACUAAAAUACCCCCGCUCGCACGGGCUGGUAGUAAUAAACGGCGUGGCCAUGGCGGCGGUCUUCUUCCUGGUGCGCAUCGCCGUCAUGCCGUCCUACUGGCUCAGCGUGUUCGCCACGUUCGGCACGGCGGACUUCGAGCGCCUGGGCUUUGGCGCCCAGGUGGCCUGGAUCUGCUCCUGCGUGGCGCUGGACAUCCUCAACACCAUCUGGAUGUACAAGAUCGCCCGCGGCUGCUACAAGGUGUUGAUCGGCAGGAGGGCCCGCAAGGGCAAGGACGGCGUGGAGGCCGCCGGCUGCUCGGAAAAGCAAAAGCACGCCAACAACCACACGGACUGAAGGGGAACCGAGGAACACAUCUGGGAAUAUGGGAAAACUCAGCCCUCCUCCCUGAAUUAGCCAGCGGAGCGGGCUGGGAGUCCUCAGGUUGGAACCCUGACACAGGUGGACUGUCCUUUUUGACUCAAUCCAGCACCAGCCUUUGCAGCCUCAGUGGUUUAGCAUUCUGUUGCAGAACUCACUAAAACUUAGUUGUUGUUUUUUUAAACCCUUCCACUUCCCAUCACCGUCAUCCCCACCUUUCUCACAUCCACUCCAAGCCCAAUCCUCUGAAGUGCCUGUAAAAAAAAAAAAAAAAAAAAGACAACAAGGCAGUAUAGGCCAGUCCAGGUUGACCGAGACCGCACGUUCAAGUCCUUCCACUCCUGCAGGCCCUGUAGUGUUUUUGUCAAUCAGGUCUCCGGUCUCCCAACACCCAAGGAACACCGUAAUGCCUCGUGGAAAGUGUUCCCUGCUGUGGCACCUGCCUUUUCUCACCAGCCAUGGCGCUUUUUCCAAUUUGGGACCGCACGCCGGCUUCACGGCAGACGUGUAGCCCUACGGUCUAUUUGGAGUUCUCUAACGUGGGUCUGAGCAAGGUAACUUGUGCAUUCUACAUUUAUCAUCUGCCUCACUGGAUUGGGCUUCACUGUCCAGCCUUAACUUAUUGUUUUAUUAUUUUAUCUUCUACCUCCCCUCUCCACCCCCCUGCCUUACGACAUCAGCAAUGUCUUCUUCAUGAGCUUUUUUUUUUUUUUCUUUAAUUUUUAUUUUUUUCUCCCUUCUCUACUGUGAAUGUAGUGUUUGAAAUCAUAUCUUUUUCUUUAGCCAACCACUGCAGCGAAACAAGCGGCAUAAAAUAUGCUCAAGGAACCAGUGCACCCUGGAAGCUUUUAAUCUUCCAACUAUCUCCUGUCAACAACUCUUUAAAAAAAACAAAAAAAAGAAGAAAAAAAAACUGUCUCCCCUUAAAGGGAAACUACCCUUUUUUUGGGGGGUGGGGGGGGAAUUUUGCCUAUCUUCACAAUCAUUAUGAGAGACAAGAACACACGCCUUUUUUUUUUUUCACGAUUUUAAAGAUGCGGCUAAUGGAAGUCACCGCUGUAGCCUUCAAAGCAUCUAAAACAACUUCAAAACCCUCCAUCGUUUUAUAUAAACAUUGCAAGUAUAUAUAUAAAAUGUAGUAACAGACACCUUCAUAACAAUAUGUAAUAUGUUUUAUAUACACACUGCAAGUAUAUAUAUAAUGUAGUAACAGACACCUUCAUAACAAUAUGUAAUAUGUACAAUUAACACACUGCAAGUGUAUAUA